AUGGACAACAGCGGUAACGCCCCACUUCAAGUCCCUGGGUUUGGCAAUAUUCCAUUAUAUUAUGACCUCCCAGCUGAGGCACGCUUCGUGCACGGAAUAGUGGAUUGGAUCCAAGCCCCGAUUGUUACCGCCCGCGAGUUAGCAAUGGUCGGCGUGAUGGAUCGGAUAACCGAUCAUCCAACAUGGUUUGUCGAUAUAUUCAACCACCAAACCAUCGCAAACUGGCGAAAAGAAGCCUUUGAUACAACUCCCCUCAUGAGUGAAAUGGCAUGGACCUGGUGUGUGAAGGAACUUCAAGAUAAAGCGUUAUUUUUCCGCGAGAAUCAACAUGUUCGAGUACUUGAUACAGGAUCAUGCGUUUGUAAAUCGGAUACAACGACUUUAAGUGCUCUUAGCGGGCUCUUUCGACAAUCUGUCCCUUCUGUGCUUAUGCAGCAGCUAAAUCAGGAGAGUCCCCAGUCAACAAAUUUCGUCGAUUCCCAGACAAUCACAAUCGUUGAUCCAUUUUUAUUCCCCUUGGUGUACGGGAGAACUCUAGUCCUGGCAAAUGGAGGGACUGUGGAUUUAAAAAACAUUAUGGGCUCUUACAAAGAUACUACAAUUGCACCAAAGCAUAUCGACAGGCGAGUUCAGUCCCAUAAGUUUCAUGAAUUUCUAGAUGCCCACCCUCAACUUUCCACACAGAGGGGGUUCAAACCGUCAAUUGUUGAAGAGCCAUCCUGGAAUUAUCUUUGGAGUUCCAAUUUUCAGUCUCUUCCAUGCGAGGUGGGAUUUAUUGGGGAUUCUGGAACAGACGUACGGAUCACAUCAUACAUCAAUAACCUACAUCCAAGUCACAAGGCCUUAUACCAUGCCAUCGAAAAGCUUGUGUCUUUGGCAAUUAAGCCGUUCAACAAUUGUUUGAUUCAAGGGCAGUCCGACCAUUCCAAAAAAGGAUAUUUUGGUCAAUUCGGACGCGUUCCACUCCGAAUAAUGACAUUUGGUGUUGAAUGGGAGAAUGACCUUCUUGAUUGGGCUGAUGCUUUUGACUUGCCCUCAGAAGAGACGAAAAAGAUGUACCACAAGGCCAAAAAGAUAAUACGCAAAAAUAAUGCCGAACCGUUACCCAGGAAGUAUUGGUCGUUACUAAGGAUCGCGGAAUGGGAUGUGCAAAGACUAGGCUUUGUUGCAGAUAGAGAAAAUGAUGAGCCGCCUCCGGAAGACUCGGAACUAUGGGACAUGGCCAAGAAGUAUCUUGAACUUCCGGAGGAAUCAAAUGAUCCCAUCAAGGUUCCAGAUGACUGGGCAAAGGAUGCAAAAUCACUGUGGUAUAGCCUCACCCAGAAAGUGGAGCGGGUGAUUCGCUUUAAGCAUCCUGAGCCAGGGGCCGCUUUUUCGUAUGAGGACUGGAAGACCGGGCAGAAUAACAAGCCAGUUAUCGAUGUCUGUCGCGCGAAAAUGAAUGAUCUUGAUAAUCCAUUUUACGGGAUCUCUAUUCCAAAACCCUAUGAUAUCACUCUCGAGGAAACAUUUCGAGAACAAGGUCUACAAAUCAUUGUUAAGAUGGAGAAUAUUGAGCUCAGCCCUCAGAAUUCUUCUUACCCUGGCAAUGACUGGCAGCUUGAUGGCCAGCUCAACGAGCAUAUUGUAGCUAUUGCCACCUUUGCAUAUGAUGUUGCGAAUAUUACUGAGCCUCGAAUUGCAUUUCGCCAGUAUACUGAUCUCGGAGGAAGAUUCUAUCACUAUAAUGAGGAGUCAUGGGAAACUUCGAACUUCGACCUCAGAAACCUACCAGCCCGUCGACGUGGGAAGAAAUUCCGAGAACGUGACGCACUGGCAGAAAUCCUAGGGUUUACAUGGGAUGACCUCGACUAUAUCACUAACAGUGCGCCAUUCCAGAAUAUUGGGUCUGUUGCGACACCGCAAGGGCGACUAGUCACAUUUCCUCAUGUCCUAGAGCACCAACUCGCACCUUUCCAACUAGCUGAUCCGUCUCUUCCUGGGCAUUAUCGGUCAAUCAAGCUAUACUUAGUUGAUCCGCACUAUCGUAUAUGCUCUACCCGUAAUGUGCCACCACAGCAGCAUGACUGGUGGGCUGAUGAAGUGGGAAAAGACCUUCCCUCAGUCGGUCUUCCCCAAGAAUUAGUGAAUGAAAUUCUCCAGUAUACAGAUAGCUGGCCGAUGGGGAUGCAAGAAGCGACAGAGCACAGGCGAGAAUUAAUCAAGGAGCACCAUUGGCGUGAGGUGGCUAAAUUGAUUAAUCUAGGUGGUGUUGGUUUUUGA